AGGAACCGGAAGCAGGGGUUAUAAAGCAAAAGAAGCCCAGCACUGCGCUGGGGUUUUCUCUCCCAUUCUUCUCACCGUCCUAUUCAAAUCUAAACUUGAGGCUCUUGCCCACCCGGCUGGCAUCGCUUUCGCCAUGGCCCUCAGCGAUGCUGACGUGCAAAAGCAGAUUAAACACAUGAUGGCUUUCAUUGAACAGGAAGCUAAUGAGAAAGCAGAAGAAAUAGAUGCAAAGGCAGAAGAAGAGUUUAACAUUGAGAAAGGUCGUCUUGUGCAAACCCAAAGACUGAAGAUUAUGGAAUACUAUGAGAAGAAAGAAAAGCAGAUUGAACAGCAAAAGAAGAUUAAGAUGUCCAAUUUGAUGAAUCAAGCAAGGCUCAAAGUCCUCAGAGCUAGAGAUGACCUUAUCACAGACCUACUAAAUGAAGCAAAGCAGAGACUCAGCAAGGUGGGAAAAGAUACAACCAGGUACCAAGUGCUGCUGGAUGGACUGGUCCUCCAGGGUUUGUACCAGUUGCUGGAGCCCCGAAUGAUUAUUCGUUGCAGGAAACAGGAUUUCCCUCUGGUAAAGGCGGCGGUGCAAAAAGCGAUUCCUAUGUACAAAAUUGCCACCAAAAAAGAUGUUGAUGUCCAAAUUGAUCAGGAGGCCUACCUACCUGAGGAUAUAGCUGGUGGCGUUGAGGUCUAUAGUGGAGAUCGUAAAAUAAAGGUUUCUAAUACUCUAGAAAGCCGGCUGGAUCUCAUAGCCCAGCAGAUGAUGCCAGAAGUACGGGGAGCCUUGUUUGGUGCAAAUGCCAACAGGAAGUUUUUGGACUAAGCCUUUAGGAGGUAGAAUUCUUUCCACUCUUCUGUUGCUAUGAUAUGGAAGUUUCUGAGAUUUGAAGAACCACGAUUAUCUAUGUAACUUCCUCUUUGCUGUUCUAAUAUUGUUCUGUACUUAUUAAUGGAAUACCCUUCUGUAGCUAAUGCCCUUGGCCCAGUUGUUAACAAUGGGAGAAAAGUUCUCUUAAAAUGAUCAGGAGCCUACCUUCAGUUCAUUUAAAAUUAAACAACUCUCAGUUGGUUCUGCAGCAUGAAGGGUAAGGGAUUGGAUGAUGGUUGCAUGAACUUCCCUGAGUCUUCCGCUCUUCUCAUCUAGUCUAGAGAAUGGUAUAUGUGGUAUGCUCUGUCUUUUAAGUCUAAAACACAUGUGGGGCAUGCAUUCCUUCCAGCUGUAGUAGCUUCAUAGUUACCUGUUUGGGCCUAGAAGUUUUCCUUAUCUGUAAAUGUGAUUUAAAAUCUAAGCCAUGAAAAUGCUUUGUUUAUUAAAACAAAAGGUUUGUGUGGA